UCCUGUUGCCGUGUUUUACGCAUAAACGCUGAGCGUGCAGUGAGUCGCGUGUGGUUUUUGGUUUGGGUUACAGCGCAACUGAAUGCCACAGUGCUGUCGCGCGCUCAGUCGCACGAGGAUAUCUUGAGAGCUGGAGUUUUAUUCUGCUACCUUGCGACUCAUUUUCUGCUUGUUUGUUACAUCGUAUAUGCGUCUUAAUCCUAGAAACCGUUAAAUAUAGGUUACUGACAGUUUUGGACCAGGUUACGGAGGAUUUUUUCUUAUGUAGCCUACUCUGGAUGUACUACAUUGGACCAACGAUGUUUCAAUGGACCUGAAUGAGAAGGAUUAUUUUUUUCAUCGUCAAAACUAUAUAUUGCGUGUUUGAACCAACUUACCCACGGAUAAAAAGCGCAAUGAUCAUCUCCGCGAUUUACAUCAUUUUACCACUGCUGGAUGUGCUGCUAUCUGCCGAGGAGUCUUACUUUACUAGUUCAAACCGGCUGGACUGUGUGAAGGCGAACGAGCUGUGUUUGAAGGAGCCGGGAUGCAGCACAAAGUAUCGAACUAUGAGGCAGUGCGUGGCGGGGAGGGAGACCAACUUCAGUAUGGUGACAGGAAUGGAGGCGAAGGAUGAAUGUCGGCUUGCCUUGGACGCUUUAAAGCAGAGCCCUUUGUAUAACUGCCGCUGUAAAAGAGCCAUGAAGAAAGAAAAGAACUGCCUGCGCGUCUACUGGGGGAUCUAUCAGCAUUUACAGGGGAAUGAUUUACUUGAGGAUUCUCCAUAUGAGCCAAUGAACAGCCGGCUUUCAGAUAUAUUUCGACUGGCCCCCAUCUAUGCAGAGGGAGGGACUGGUGGCGGUCCCUGGAGCAGUCCUGUCACCGUGGCCCCAGGGCGAGGUUCCCAGGGCAGGUCAAGACCACUUGAGCCGCAAGACCCCAGUAGAAACAGAAGGGCACACCCGAACUGGGCAAUUCUGGGUGAGCCCGCGCUAGCAAAGGAGAACAACUGCUUGAAUGCAGCAAAGGCCUGCAACCUAAACGACACCUGUAAGAAAUACCGUUCGGCUUACAUAAGCCCCUGCACAAGCCGAGUCUCAACGGCUGAAGUCUGCAACAAACGGAAGUGCCACAAGGCCCUGCGACAGUUCUUCGACAAGGUGCCGCCCAAGCACAGCUACGGUAUGCUCUUCUGCUCGUGUCCUCUAGGGGAUCAGUCGGCCUGCUCUGAGCGCAGACGCCAGACCAUCGUGCCAGCCUGUUCGUAUGAGGACAAGGAAAGGCCCAACUGCCUGACACUGCAAGCAUCAUGCAAGACCAACUACAUCUGCAGGUCUCGUCUGGCUGAUUUCUUCACUAACUGUCAGUCUGAGCCCCGCUCUCUCUCUGGUUGUCUGAAGGAGAACUACGCUGACUGCUUGCUGUCGUACUCUGGUCUCAUUGGUACGGUGAUGACCCCAAAUUAUCUGCGUUCACCCAAGAUCAGCGUGUCUCCAUUCUGCGACUGCAGCAACAGCGGCAACAGCAAAGAGGAAUGCGACAGAUUCACAGAGUUCUUCACUGACAACACUUGCCUGCGCAAUGCAAUCCAGGCGUUUGGAAAUGGGACAGACGUGAGUGUGUGGCAGCCGAUGCCCCCAGUGCAAACCACCACCUCUAUAACAACACCAUCCCAGAGGGCCAGGGAUCGAGAAAGAUCACCUAAUGCCAUAGAGCCGGCGACACACAACCAUCUCAACCCGGCUGACAACUCCCUCUACCAGUUCUGUGGUAGCCUGCAGGCUCAGAAGCAAAAGACAAACAACACAAUAGAUGUGUUAUGUGUGGACCCACAGAUCGAUGACCCCAGCUCCUCCAAUGCCAUCUCCAGGAAUUCGUCCACUCGGCAGGUGUCUUUAUCAGCCCUUAGCUCUCUGCUGCUCCUACUGGCUACCUCCUUGCACUGCAUCUUCAUCACGGCGAUGUUGUAGCCAUCUAAGAACAUAAAA